AUGUGUGUGUUUGCGCGUUUAACUUUAUACAAAUUUAAGUAUUUGCUUGUGCACGCUCAAAGUCGGAGGCGUACAGCUGAGAUCAAGCUCGCAGUAUCCACGACCGACGGCCGGAAUCCGAACGGACUCCGGCCAAUCAAAGACUACGUUUUUUCGUGUGGCAACACGAAAUUACUCCGGGGACUACCUAACGGAGUCACCGGAGUAGCCGCAUUAGGAAGAUUCAACUAUUCAUUACCUUUUCAGCUCAGCAAAACUUCUUCUUCUUCUCCGGCGAUAUUCGCCGUUUGCUUACCAAGCUCCACCGCCGGAACAUCCGGCAACGGCGUCGCAUUUUUCAACACCGCCGGACCUUACUACUUCUCGCCGGGAAUUGAUGCUUCGAAAUUACUGAUUUACACUCCGUUGAUUCUCAAUCCGUCUCGCGGAACUGUUCCCAUCUACUGGCUUCCGUCAAGCGAGUACUUCAUCGGAGUAAGUGCGAUCAAAGUGAACAACAAAUCCGUGAAGUUGAAUGAAACGCUGUUGAAGAUUAACGAAAGUGGAUUUGGCGGGACGAAGAUAAGUACGUCGACGCCGUAUACGGUGGUUCAUACGGCGGUGUUGAAGGCGGUGACGGAGAAGUUUGUAGCAGAAUCAAAGUCGAUGAAUUUGACGGCGACGGAGAAUCCGGUGAAGCCGUUUAAUGUGUGUUUUCCGGUGAAGGCGAUUGUAAACACGCGCGUUGGACCGGCGGUUCCGAUUAUUGAUUUGGUAUUGGAUAAACCGGGUAUUUAUUGGAGGAUAUUCGGGUCGAAUUUAAUGGUUCGGGUUAAAGAUGUUUGGUGUUUGGGCUUUGUGGAUGGUGGGCUUGAGCCCAGGACGAGUAUUGUAUUUGGUGGGCUUAUGAUUGAGGAUAAUUUGCUUCAAUUUGAUUUGGCCCAAAAGAGACUUGGGUUUAGUAGUUCACUUUUGUUAAAGAGUACUAAUUGUGCAAAUUUCAGUUUCACCAGUCAGAAUUAG